CUGGCGGGCCGGGGAAGGAGCUGACGAGCUCAGACUUCUCCACCCGCAGCCCUGGAAGACGUUCCAAGGGUGUCUGGAGCCCGAUUUUUCAGGGCUCAGCCUGUAUCGGAAGGAUACAUGGUUCUGGUUUGAGAAGAGGGAUCAGGACCCUCGGAGUCUCCAUCUGAAAUUUUGCUUUCGGCUUUACGCAGAAGCUGUGUGGCGCGUCUGUUUGGUCUGUGUCUUCUUGUUGGAUUUCUGUGUCUAAUUCUAACCUACCUCUCUUUUGAAAUUAUGGGACAAUCAUUAACGACCCCCUUGAGUCUCACUCUAGAUCACUGGGCUGAUGUCCGGGACCAAGGACACCAGUCGGUCGAAGUUCGAAAGAAGAAAUGGGUGACUUUUUGCUCAUCCGAAUGGCCCACUUUCGAAGUGGGAUGGCCACGAGAUGGCACCUUUAAUCUUGAAAUUAUUUCACAGGUAAAAGCACGAGUGUUCAAUCCAGAACCCCACGGACACCCAGACCAAGUUGCCUACAUUAUCACUUGGGAAAGCCUGGCAUACGAUCCCCCAUCCUGGGUCAAGCCAUUUGUCAGCCCCCACGGCACGCCCUCCUCCAAGAAAACAGCUGCUCACUCCCCUUCUCCCUCCCCCCUCCCCAACUCCGCCUCUUCCUCCCUAUACCCAACCCUCCUUAGGAAAGAGAAACCUCCAAAACCCUCUGCAGCACCUCCUGUUCUUCCCCCGAACCCUGAUUCUCCCCUCAUCGACCUCCUGUCAGAAGAUCCCCCUCCCUAUGUAGCUCAGAGCCCAGAGGGGCCAGAAGCGGUGGCUGCAGCAGGCGGAUUGCCCCCUCUGGAGUCUCUGGCUCCCUCACGUAUGGCCGGACGACUGAGUGGCAAACGUGAGCCACCCCCUGAUUCUACCUCUCACGCCCUUCCCCUGAGGGAGGGUCCGAAUGGCCAACAACAGUACUGGCCAUUUUCAGCCUCUGAUCUUUACAAUUGGAAACAGCACAACCCUCCCUUUUCCAAGGAUCCGAUGGUGUUAACUAAUCUAAUUGAGUCUAUUUUAGUCAUGCACCAGCCCACUUGGGAUGAUUGUCAGCAGCUCUUACAGGCUCUGUUGACCUCAGAGGAGAAACAGAGUUUUUGGAAGCACGUCCCGGGUGACAACGGACGCCCGACCCAGCUACCAAAUGAAAUUGAUGCGGCCUUCCCCUUAACAUGCCCAGAAUGGGACUUCACCACCCCUGCAGGUAGGGGACAUCUACGUCUUUACUGCCAAUUGCUCAUAGCCGGUCUCGGGGGGGCAGCACGCCGUCCCACCAAUUUGGCUCAGGUAAAGCAGGUAAUACAAGGAAAUGAGGAGACACCCUCAGCAUUUCUAGAGAGACUUAAGGAAGCAUACAGAAUGUAUACUCCCUAUGACCCCGAGGACCCUGGACAAGCCACUAGCGUAUCAAUGUCCUUCAUUUGGCAGUCCAGUCCAGACAUUAGAAGCAAGUUACAGAGACUAGAGGGUCUACAGGGAUAUACUUUACAGGAUUUAUUAAAGGAGGCAGAAAGGAUUUUUAAUAGAAGAGAGACUCCAGAAGAAAAGGAAGAGAGACUAUGGCAGAGAAUGAAAGAGGCCCAGGAGGAAAGGGACAAAAAGAAAAAUAAGGAACUAAGCAGUCUGCUUAACACCGUAGUUCAGGGACAAAAUAGAGAGGGAGGUAGGCUGGGAGGCCGAAAGGGGGCCAAGGUGGACAAAGACCAAUGUGCCUACUGCAAGGAACGAGGACAUUGGGUCAGAGAUUGCCCCAAGAAGCCCAAAGGACCCCGGAAACCUAAAACUCAGACCUCUCUCUUGACAUUGGAGGAUUAGGUAAUUCAGGGCCAGGAGCCCCCCCCCCCCGAGCCCAGGGUAACUCUUAACGUCGGGGGGCAACCAAUCACCUUCCUAGUGGACACCGGAGCCCAGCACUCAGUCUUGACCCAGACACCGGGGCCGUUCAGUGUGCGAUCCGCUUGGGUCCAAGGGGCCACCGGUGGUAAAAGAUACUGAUGGAUGACCGACCGGAAGGUUCAGCUGGCUACUGGUAAGGUGACGCAUGCCUUUCUGCAUGUUCCGGACUGUUCCUAUCCCCUAUUGGGUAGGGACCUCCUCACCAAACUAAAAGCCCAAAUUCAUUUUGAGGAAAAAGGGGCCAAGGUAACAGGCCCAAGUGGCGGUCCUCUUCAAAUCUUAACUCUCCAGCUGGAGGAUGAAUAUAGACUUUAUGAGCCCCCAGGGCACCAGACAAUUGACAUGACCCCUUGGCUCAAUGACUUUCCACUGGCAUGGGCCGAGACAGGGGGGAUGGGGCUAGCCUUGCAACAGUCCCCAAUCGUCAUUCAGCUAAAGGCUACAGCUACCCCCGUCUCAAUUAAACAGUAUCCCAUGUCCCAUGAGGCAUAUCAGGGUAUAAGACCCCACAUAAAAAGACUCUUGGACCAGGGCAUUCUUACUCCCUGCCGGUCGCCAUGGAACACCCCUCUCCUGCCCGUGAAAAAGCCAGGAACUGGGGAUUAUCGGCCCGUAUGGGACCUGAGGGACGUUAACAAAAGGGUGGAAGACAUACACCCUAUGGUCCCUAACCCUUAUAAUCUGCUGAGUACUCUGCCGCCAUCCCACGUCUGGUACACAGUGUUAGACUUAAAGGAUGCCUUCUUCUGCUUGCGCUUACACCUGAAAAGUCAGCACCUUUUUGCCUUUGAAUGGAAGGACCCAGAUCUCGGACUUUCGGGUCAGCUAACCUGGACCAGACUCCCCCAGGGAUUCAAAAAUAGUCCUACCCUCUUUGAUGAGGCUUUACACCGGGACUUGGCAGAUUUUAGAGUUCAAUACCCUGCCCUGAUCCUCCUCCAGUAUGUUGAUGACCUCCUCCUGGUGGCUGCUUCCAAGAAGGAAUGUCAGGAGGGCACGAGAGCCCUCCUACGGACAUUGGGACAGUUAGGAUAUCGGGCUUCAGCUAAAAAGGCCCAAAUAUGCCAGCAGCAAGUCAUCUAUCUGGGAUACCAACUGAGGGACGGACAACGAUGGCUGACCGAGGCAUGCAAACAGACUAUCACCCGCAUCCCUGUCCCUCAGACCCCUCGCCAAUUGAGGGAAUUCCUGGGGACAGCUGGAUUUUGCCGCCUUUGGAUUCCAGGGUUCGUAGAAAUGGCUGUACCUCUGUAUCCUCUCACCAAACAGGGGACAAUGUUCAAAUGGGAGGGAGAACAACAGGCGGCUUUUGAGAACAUUAAACAGGCCCUGCUGACCUCCCCAGCAUUAGGCCUCCCCGACCUCACCAAACCCUUUGAAUUGUUUAUAGAUGAGAGACAGGGCUACGCGAAAGGGGUCCUAACUCAGAAACUAGGCCCCUGGAGGCGCCCUGUAGCCUACCUAUCCAAGAAACUCGACCCUGUCGCAUCGGGAUGGCCGCCCUGUCUGCGAAUGGUAGCGGCCAUUGCCGUCCUUACCAAGGAUGCGAGUAAAUUGACUCUGGGUCAGCCAUUGACCAUCCUGGCACCCCAUGCAGUGGAGGCCUUAGUCAAACAGCUUCCAGAUCGCUGGCUUUCUAAUGCCCGCAUGACUUACUACCAAGCCAUGCUCCUGGAUGCUGACCGAGUGCAAUUCGGACCUGUGGUUGCUCUCAACCCCGCAACCCUGCUCCCCUUGCCUGAAGAGGCAGAGCAACAUGAUUGCCUCCAGAUCCUUGCGGAAAUGCACGGGACCAGACUGGAUCUGACAGAUCGCCCUCUCCAGGACGCUGACUACACCUGGUACACCGAUGGUAGCAGCUUCCUGGAAAACGGGGAGUGGAGAGCGGGGGCAGCAGUAACUACGGAAACAGAGGUAAUUUGGGCUGAAGCCCUACCAGCGGGUACCUCAGCCCAGAGAGUAGACCUCAUCGCAUUGACCCAGGCGCUCCAGAUGGCAGAAGGUAAGAAGCUUAAUGUCUAUACGGACAGUCGAUACGCCUUUGCCACUGCUCACAUACAUGGGGAAAUUUACCGACGGCAAGGGUUGCUGACCUCAGAGGGAAAAGAAAUUAAAAACAAGACUGAGAUAUUGGCGCUGCUUAGAGCCCUAUUUUUGCCUCUCAAAUUAAGCAUCAUGCACUGUCCUGGCCACCAAAAGGGCCAUAGCCCAGGGGCAAAGGGAAAUCGAUUGGCAGAUACAGCCGCCAGGGAAGUUGCCCUAAAAAGCACCAACAUCUCCCGAGCUUUUCCCCUGACUGACAAGGGAGAUGCACAACUACCCCGGUGCGCAUGGCCCUAUAGUCAGGAGGACAUUGAUCUCCUAAAGAAAAUGGGGGCCACCUAUGACCCCAAAGAACAACACUGGAUUUUUAAAGGAAAGGCUGUUAUGCCCAUGAGGCUCACCCAUGAACUGUUAGAACACCUACAUAAAUUGACCCAUCUAGGAACCAAAAAGAUGAGAACUCUCUUGGAGUGACAGGAGAUUGGCCCCUACCUACUGAACCGAGAUGAGGCCCUACAAGAGGUGACCGAUAAAUGUAAAGCCUGUGCUCAAGUAAAUGCAGGCAAGUCCAAGCUCGGACCAGGGAUCCGGGUACGGGGACAUCGUCCCGGUGUGCACUGGGAAACUGACUUCACUGAAGUCAAGCCCGGCCUCUAUGGCUAUAAAUACCUCCUGGUGUUCAUGGACACCUUCUCAGGAUGGGUAGAAGCUCUCCCCACCAAACAUGAAACAGCGACGGUGGUGACAAAGAAACUCCUGGAAGAAAUCUUUCCCAGGUAUGGAACGCCUCAGGUCCUGGGCACCGACAACGGGCCCGCCUUCGUUUCCCAGGUAAGUGAGUUGGUGGCUAAGCUUUUGGGGAUUAAAUGGAAAUUACAUUGUGCAUACAGACCCCAAAGUUCAGGGCAGGUAGAGCGUAUGAACAGGACAAUUAAGGAAACUUUAUCCAAAUUGGCACUUGCAACUGGCUCUAAAGACUGGGUGCUCCUCCUGCCGCUGGCCUUAUACAGGGCCUGCAAUACCCCAGGUCCCCAUGGAUUGACUCCCUUUGAGAUACUGUAUGGGGCGCCACCCCGUUUAUAAACUUCUUCGAUUCAAACAUUGCUGAUUUUGCUAACAGCCCCUCUCUGGAAGCUCAUUUGCAGGCAUUACAGAUUGUAUAAAGAGGUCUGGAAACCACUCGCUGCAGCCUACCGGGAACAACUGGACAAGCUGGAGGUGCCACACCCUUUUCAAAUAGGAGAUACCGUGUGGGUCUGCCGACACCAGUCCUGGAAUUUGGAGCCUCGGUGGAAAGGCCCUUACACCGUCCUCCUGACCACCCCAACGGCACUGAAAGUUGACCGCAUCACAGCCUGGAUCCACGCCUCCCACGUCAAGGCCGCCCACACCACCGAGGAGGCCGAGCCAACUGUGACCUCAUCAUGGAAGAUCCAGCGCACCCAAAACCCCUUAAAGAUAAGACUUGUUCGGGGAGACUCUUAAUCCUCCUUAUGGGGGUCUUACUGGGAAUGGGGACAGUCGCCCUGGGACAGAAUAGCCCUCAUCAGGUUUACAAUGUGACCUGGAGGAUUACUAAUCUCAUGACAGAAAUCAUAGCUAAUUCCACUUCCAUGAUAGGCACAUUGACAGACGCCUUUCCAAACCUCUACUUUGACCUCUGUGACCUAGUCGACUCAACCUGGGACCCCUUGGACCAGGAACCUUUUCCUGGCUAUGGUUGUCAUCACACAGGGGGAUGAAUUGGGACCCGGACCAAGGGAUUCUAUGUCUGCCCUGGUCAAGGCAAAGGAAAAAAUUGUGGGGG